GCGGGACCGGGAGGCGGGACCGGGAGGCGGGACCGGGAGGCGGGACCGGGAGGCGGGACCGGGAGGCGGGACCGGGAGGCGGGACCGCGGACGGGGCUGAGCAGGCUCGCGGCGCGGCGGGAACUGCAGACAAGAGGCCGCCAUGGAGACGCUUGGGGGAGCGCCUGUGGCCAUCGCCGUGGCCGUGGUGGCGGCGUCGGCCGUGCUGCUGCUGCUGCUCCGAGGGUCGGCGCGGAGGCCGAGCGGCCCCGUCACGCUGCAGGACCCGCUGGCCAAGUACCCGCUGCGGCUGCUGGACAAGGAGGAAAUCAGUCACGAUACUAAGAAAUUCAGAUUCGGGCUACCCUCAACGAAUCAUGUAUUAGGAUUACCUGUAGGCCAACAUGUUUACCUUUCUGCAAAAAUCGAUGGGAAUCUGGUGAUUCGAGCCUAUACCCCAGUUUCCAGUGACGAGACAAAAGGUUAUGUUGAUUUAAUUAUUAAGGUCUACCACAAAAAUGUGAGCCCCAAGUUUCCAGAAGGUGGGAAGAUGUCCCAGUAUCUAGAUAAUAUGAAGAUUGGAGACACCAUUGAUUUCAGAGGGCCAAAUGGACUCCUGGUCUAUAAGGGAACAGGUACCUUUCUUAUCAAGCCUAAUAAGAAGUCUGAAGCAGAGAAAAAGUUUGCAAAGCACCUGGGGAUGAUAGCUGGAGGAACAGGAAUAACUCCCAUGUUGCAGCUGAUCCGUCAGAUCACAAAUGAUCCUAAGGACUCCACAAAAUGUUACCUCCUUUUUGCUAAUCAGACAGAAAAAGAUAUAUUGCUGAGAGCUGAGCUAGAAGACAUUGCCAAGAGGCAUCCUGAGCAGUUUGUGCUGUGGUACACACUGGACCGACCUCCAAAAGACUGGAAGUACAGCUCUGGUUUUGUCACUGCAGAGAUGCUGAAAGCCCACCUGCCUGCCCCUGGCAGCGAGACCCUCAUCCUCAUGUGUGGGCCACCCCCAAUGAUUCAGUUUGCCUGUCAGCCCAACCUGGACAAGCUCGGCUACCCCAAGAGCAGCACAUUCGCUUACUAACACUGAUGGCACCUGAGACCUUUUUUGGAAGUACUGAGUAUUUUUCUACAGGAACAGUUGAUGUGCAACUGUGCAGCAUUUGUGUGUGUGUGUUUUAACCCCCUGAUGUAAUUUCUGUGGUUUAUAAUUUCAUAAUUUACCUUGUGUGUUUUCAUACUAAGAAGUUGAGAAAUCCUCUUGAAUUGUGUGGGAGUUAGUCUGACCUCUGAAAUUAAUAUAUAACAUUAAUUCUGAGGAGCAAAAAAAAAUAAGAUGAGAGGUCAUUCACAUGAAUUGGUGUUAAAUCAUUCCACAGUCAGCAAGCGAGAGGGGAACAUUCAGAAUUUAUUCAUAACAGUCAAAAAAUAAGCAUUUAUACCAGUGUUAUGCUAAUCAGGAUUUCUUACUACCUAUAUUUAAAAGAAGAAUCAAUUGUUUUGUGGAUUGACUAUUCACAGCCAAGUUAGCACAACAACACACUGAGUUGUAAAGACAGCAUGAAAAGAAAUAGAAAAUGUUGUGUUUGGAAUGGGAGCAGCCCAUUUACAGUGCUGUAAUAAGUCUGUUGGCUAAUUGACCUGACAAAGGAUUUCAAACACCCAUGGUACCUGAACUGGUCACUAGCACUGACUGCAUUGCCAGACUGGUACAUUUAAUACUUUUUAUUAAACAUUAAACAGUACAGUUUGCUGAUGCAUAGACUUACUUCUCAUUCUCCUGAGUUAUCCUUUUUUGCAGUUUGCAGUGAUGGAAAAGAACCUGCCUCGAUUUUCCCACCGUGGACAAUCAAAUCAUGUGUUUGUCUUCUUACACCUGACCAUACAGUGCAAGGUCUGUCAUGAGGGACCUGUAAAAAGCACCCCAGGUAGUUCUCCAAGAGCCCUAGCUGCAUUCUGUGGCCAGCCCUGGAGUUUUCCUCUUUAUGUGGGAGGGUUGUGGCUGGCAGUGACCUGCCCUCAGGCUGUAUUAGAAUCUAAAGCAACACCUGCAGCCAGCAAGGAGGGUGUGAUGCAAACCAACCCUGUAUAAAGUACUUCUCCUUACAGUUAGGGAGAUUUUUUUUCUGGCAUUUAUGUGUUUACUAAGAGAGCUUCUUAGUAGCUCACUAAUACAGGAGAUGCACAUGUAAACAGAUGCCACAAGUAAUUGCUGCUGUAAAGGUGAUAGCUUCACCCCUAGCCCCUCAGAAAGUGAGAGGCCACAUUUCCCUCUGAUGCAGUCCUGUCUAGCCCAGUACAACAACAGAUUUAUUUUGUCAGGUGUUUCAAAGAAAUAUUUGUGUUAUUCUGGUACUUUCCUGGUAGUCUGAGUUACAAUUUCCUACUACAGUUCUUUUUGCCUUAGGUAAAGAUUUGUGAACAUGGCAGCUCAUCAUCCUAAUAAAAGCAAGGGCUUGGUGGACAGUGUUAUGUUCCAUUCUUCCCAUCCUACAGUGCACUGACUUGGAUAAAAAAGAGGGCUCUCACCAGCAUCCAGCUCAAUUCCAGGUAGCUCUGAUUAACCCCCACAACACAGUUAUGUAUUAAUGAUUCCUGCACUACAAUUAUAAAAAUAAAAAAUUACCAAAAGUCUUUCAUGUAACAGUACAUCAACAUAGCAUGUAAAGGACAGUGAAUAGAAGGACACAAUGUUGCCAGUCUUGGCUUUCCCGACUCUGGGUAUGAGUCCCACUCCUCUCCCAACACCGUUUCCUAUUACAUGAUGUGGGAAGACAGCACAGAAGAAAGUUACCUGUAAGGUGUGGCUGCACUGACAGGGGGAAAUGCUGCGUGGAGGUGGCAGUGGCAGGAAGGAGGGAAAGCUUUCCUGCUGCACAGCAUCCAGCUGCUCCUGGCCCCUCCUGUAGGCACGAGGUACAAGUCGUGUUCUUGGUCAUGCUGAAGCAUCAUCUCCAGUCUUCAAAGGUCGGUGUCAAAAACCUGCUGUCAUUCAGCAUUUCAUCCUGGCUCAGCAGCGUCUGAAAGAACAAGAAGGGCAGGACUGAGGGGGUUUGGUGAAGGGCCUGUGCUCCCAGAGACCCAGCUGCAAUAACAGCCGGCUCACAACACAGGUGGUGACAGCCACACAAUCAAAAUUAAUUUCUUCAGCUUUAAAUAACUUUCUUGCCUGAGGAAAUUCUUAGAGAUUCUGUGUCUGGCAUGCAACUCAACUGUAUUUCAUAGUUCUUCAUUACAUGUUCUGGUCGCUUAUUUUUAUUUCUUAAUAAAUUAGCUUCUGUGGAACGAA